AUGGACGACAGAUGGGUGCACAACAAAACCAACACCGCCUACAUUUCGCGAUGUAACCUUCUCUUCACGAAUGACGAGUGUACCGUCAUUCAUCUGUCGAACGUCGCUCCUUCUGCACUUGGUCUCCUGCAGAGCAAUCACGUGAAAUUUGAUACGCUCUGCAGCUCCGAGAAGGGCACGCAGGUCAAGAAAAUGGAGAGAAAACAGACUGAUCAAUCACGAAGGCCCCGUAAUUCACGACGUCGUCGUUGGAAGCAUUUGAACGGCUCUUCCCAUUUUGAUGAUGGAAUACGGCAGCCUAAAUGUUCUAUAAAUUUCCUCCCUCGUCACCUUCAGGAGACCAAUCCUUGGGAGGAGGCUGAGUGGGGACACAUCGAUUUCUCAGAUGUCAAGGCUCAAGGUCAUGUUGAUGAUCGUGGCGAUCACAUUGGAAACUCCUACGAAAGGAGCAAUCGCAGAGACUGCAAUUGUACGAAUAAUUAUUAUGGUCGAGAACGUGAUGAAGGGCGAAUAUAUGAAGAGCGAAGAGAACGUGGUGGCUGCAGUCGUAGAAAUGGGAACGGCUAUCGAGAUGGUGAUGGCUGGGAUGAUCGUGAACAUGGAAAGUCUGGAUUUUUGGGACGUUUAUGGGAAAGGGACCGAGAGUUCGGCGAGAGCAGCCAUCAUGAUAAGCGUUAUUCUGAAGACAGUCGCAAUUCAUGUUCUCGCGGUCCAGUUCGUUCACCUGAAAGGCUCACUCGCGAACAGUGGAGACAACUAGAGCGCGAGGAGUGGUUGCGUGAGCAGGAGAGCAGAGAUAGGAGACGUGAUUCGCGCCGUGACUAUUCACCACACAGUCAUUUUUACUACGAUAAUCGAUGUGACUAUCAGGAUAGAUCGCAGCCGUCUUCCAAUACUUGGAGAAACUGUCGAAGAUCUGCAUAUGACGAAAACAGACCAAAUCAAGCACAAAGGCUUGGUGGACGACGCAAAGGACGUGGUUGUGUUAAUAACCAUCUUGAUAAAUCUUCGUUCAACGACAAGAAGCACCGAAAUGGUUUCAAAAGUUCUUGGAACACAGAUGACCAUGGAGAUCAUUUUGUUGAAGAUCACCGUGAACCAAAUUCUAGAGACAAUGUUCAAGUAGAAUUCAAUCGAGAGGAAGAAAAAUCGUUCGACGACGAGAGCGCGAACAAAAGUGAUCCAAUGUGGUGUAGCCAAGAGGACGAGGAUAUUGCUGCUUGCAACACAAGUUGUUUUGAGAAUCUAUCAAUUCAAGAAGGCCAAAACUCUACCGUAGUCGAGAAUUCGGACACAGAAAGCGAGGGCGAGCUGAAAUCUCGCCAAGAGUCAACUACAGGCUCUAACACAAUGCCAGUGACCUCUUCCACUCCCAAACCACUACCCUCUUCUCUAGAGGAACCUAACGCGGUUGUACUUGCAGCGAAGAAAAGUCCAGCUAAAAGACAAGGAAAACAGAAGGUCCACUUAUUGACGAAUUUCUGGGAGCUCAGCGUAGAAAGUAAAGUAGUUUAUCGCUACGAUGUUGUAAUGUAUUUGGGUACACCCACAGACGAAAGAGCGAUUGAUCUCCUUCGAGGACCACGAGAUGAUUCUGCUGCCACAGAAAGACAAAGAUUGUGUAUGGAUGCGCUGCGGUAUGCACUAGAGUUCUACAGGAUCCUCAGUCAGUAUUCCGCUGUAGUUCACGAUGGUGCUGCUAUGAUGUUUUCGUCAAAGGAUCUGGCUAAUGCGUUGAAAGAGCACAGUGGCGUCCUCACGCUAGACAAAGCCGACUUACCAGAAUCCAUCAGAAGACUUAUCUGUCGUGUGGACGUCAGUACAGUAACCAUCGAAAUCACGCCGUGUCGAACGGCGGCUGCCUCAUUCAAUAUGGCGGAUUUAUCGGCGCAGAUGAACCGAAAUUGGGCUGCGCUAGAUCGAUCAUGGAAGCAGUUCUACGAUUUGAUCACUAAUCAGGACGCUGUUUUUAGUGGACAUUUCACACAGUUUGGAGCAGGUUGUUUAUACUACAGUAGUCCACUUUCUGAAAGAGUUGGUUUUGGCUAUGAACGAUUCUCAGGCGCUCGAAAGGGGAUUAAGUUUAUAGAAGGAAAGAAAGGAAAUCCGAGUAAAGUUGUCGCUGCACUCAUACUUGACCAUCGAGUUGGAACGUUUUUCAAGAAUCAAAAUUUGAUGAAGAGUGUGCGUGAACUGAGUGGAUUACGCAAUGUGGACAGAUUCGAUUUUUCGCACAACGGCUAUAGACGUAUUAAUAAAACGUGGAGCGAGGUCAACCAGUAUGUCAAAGGAGUUCGUAUGAACUAUUUGGGGAGUGGCACGAAUCCUAUCAGUUUCAUGGCAAUCGGCAUCAGUGAAGUACCUAUCAAAGAUCUGAAGGAUACAUUGCCGCACAAAGCUAGAACUGAAAUAAGCGUUUUGACGAAGUUUUCGGACACCAAAGUUGAUAUCAAUCCAAACUGGCCAGCUGUUAAACGACGGAUUCGUGGUGGUGUCCAAUACUUUCCAAUGGAAUUGUUGGAGGUUGCACCGCACCAGCGAGUAUCGUUAGAAAAGCAGCAAAUUGCAAAUACUACUCCACGUGCUGAUAAACCUGAUGUACGUCUCAGCAAAAUUAAUUCACUCCUCGAAGCACUGAAUCUUCAUGACUGUGGAUCCAAGAACCUGUUUUUGAAAGCAUUUGGUGUAAAGUUUGCCCCGGCACCAAAACGAGUGGAAGGACUCAGGCGAGAGGCACCUGGAAUCACGUUUGGAAAUAAUCGCUCGCUUCAAAUCGACAAAAUUAAGUAUAACUGGAAGCAAGAACGUGAAACUAAAUAUGUGAACUGCGCCAGCGUCGACCGCGUACUGAUUGUUCACAGUGAUCGCACAUUCAAGCUGCCAAAUAAUGUGGAAAUCGCGCUUUCGAUGAUGUUCAAAAACCGUGGAAUUCGAUGCAAUCGUUUUGAGAAAGUCCAUAUAAGAAAAGACAGAGAUUUUGAAAUGGAGAAGCAAUUGCAGAAGGUUUUCGAAGCAAAUAAGGAUUCGAAGUCAAUUCUGAUCAUCUACAUAGACCGCGCAGAGAGCAAAUCACAUGAGUUUUUGAAGUUGAUGGAACGUAAAUACUUAAUUCCUACGCAGCAAAUUACAGCUGAGCUAGCGGAGAAGAUAAAAGAAAAGCCUCAGUCGUGUGGAAAUUUUGUCUCAAAAACAAAUUUAAAAUUAGGUGGAAUCAACUACGAAGUUAUCCCGGAGUCUUUUGCGAAAAAUCGGUGGAUUGCCGGUGGUAAAACAUUAGUCGUUGGUUAUGACGUUGCGCAUCCAGGGAAGCCGACGCGUGACGAAAUUAUGAACAAGAUGCCACCCCUGAAGCCAAGCGUUGUUGGAUUUUCCUUCAAUGGCGCAACUCAUCCGGAAAGCUUCAUUGGAGAUUACCACUUUCAGACGCCCCGUCGAGAGAAGGUGGAGGACUGCGUCCUGAAUGCCCGAUUCAAGUGGAUUCUUGAGUUGUUUAGAAGAAAUCGCAGCGUGUGGCCAGAAAGGGUUGUGAUUACUCGUGAUGGCGUCUCUGAAGGCCAAUAUCGAAUGGUGGUAGAAGAUGAACUGGGUGCUAUAAAAGAAGCGUGCAUGGAGUUUGGAAAUCUACACGGGAGGGAGUCAUGGAUGCCGUUGUUCACCGUGGUCGUGGCUACCAAACGGCACAAUGCUCGUUUCUUUGUCGAGAAAGGAAAAUAUAUUGAGAAUCCACAACCAGCAACAGUUGUGGACACCGAUGUGGUGCGAAACGACAUAACGGAGUUUUACAUGCUUAGCCACAGACCAGUGCAGGGUACUGCAAAAUCGACAUCAUAUCAGGUGAUAGUGGACGAGAAUGAUAUGAGUAGCGACGAGGUGCAAUCGCUGAUGUUGGCCUUAAGCUUCCAUCAUCAGAUUGUUGAUGCUCCGGUGUCGCUUCCUGAACCUGUGUAUCAAGCAGACGAAUGGGCUAAACGCGGUAAGGACAUAUGGAAAGCAUACACGGAUCGUCAUGAUCUGUUGUUAAUGGAAGAUCGAGGCGAAUACGCUGCACGCCCGAUAGAUUUCGAAGCGAUGACUAGUCGACUUGCUUACUGGAAGACUAAUCUGGAGGAUCGCCGAGUAAAUGCGUAA